CCGCUGACCCGUUUUAUGAGUCCGGUCCAACUAAAACCCUAGCUCCACAUAUUGGGCAACACCUUUAUAGAAUUGCUGUUGCAGUGUUGUUGCCCUCUCUUCCCACCGUUGCAGAUUCAGAGCUUCCACUGCAGAGAUGAAAGUGGUUGCUGCAUAUUUGCUGGCCGUGUUGGGAGGCAACACCUCCCCCUCCGCUGAGCAUAUCAAAGAUAUCCUCAGCAUUGUUGGAGCUGAAGUUGAUGAUGAUAGGAUUGAAUUUCUUCUUUCGGAAGUCAAGGGAAAGGAUAUAACAGAACUUAUUGCUGCUGGCCGGGAGCAAUUGGCAUCAGUGCCUUCCGGUGGUGGUGUUGCUGUUGCAGCUGUUGCACCUGGUGGUGGUGGGGCUGCUGCUGCCGCUGCUUCUGCUGCAGCUGAGGCAAAGAAGGAAGAAAAGGUGGAGGAGAAAGAGGAAUCAGAUGAGGACAUGGGCUUCAGUCUAUUCGACUAGAUUUGACUUAUGGUUACAUCGCCAUACAUCUGAUUUGGCGCCUUUUUAAAUGGGCAUUUUGUUUUUAUGUUUUUUUUGGCUUUCAGAUUAAUGUAGCACUUGAAUGAUGUUUUGAUAGAUUUGAUUUUUGACCAACUUUCUAUAUUGAAGUGAUUUUUCUGAUUUAA